UCAACGUCAAAUGUCGACAAAAAUGACAACAAAUUUAUUGACAAAUGUUCAUAAUGUUUUGUCCAGGGAAUCGGAUAAGAACUGUUAUUUAGUGCAAGGCAAUUACCAAUAUUAUCAUUAUGGUUGUGACGGUUUUGACGAUAGGGGCUGGGGAUGUGGGUACAGAACAUUACAAACACUAUGUUCCUGGCUAAAUCUAAACUAUAAGAAUAUAAAUACAGUACCAUCUAUAAAAGAAAUUCAAGAAAUCCUAGUUGAAUUAGAAGAUAAACCUAAAAGCUUUUUGGGAUCGAGACAAUGGAUUGGUAGUUUUGAGGUCUGUCUUGUUAUUGACAAGCUGUAUGAUGUUCCAUGCAAAAUUGUUCAUGUUAAUAAAGGCGAUGAACUGGAAAAAAUAACAGAUAUUUUGAAGGUUCAUUUUACUACUUUUGGGAGUCCUAUUAUGAUGGGAGGAGAUGUAGACUGUUCAUCGAAAGGUGUCAUGGGAGUGAAAGUCUCUGAAAGAAACAGCAGCCUUUUAAUAGUGGAUCCACAUUAUUUUGGAAAAGAGCAGUCAAAGGAAUUCCUGAAGAACAAAGACUGGGUGAAAUGGCAGCCAUUGAAUGACUUUUUGAGUACAUCUUUCUAUAAUCUAUGCUUGCCACAAGUAAAGGCAAAUAAACAGAUUUGAACAACUAAAAUUUACAGAAAAAUUAUGAAGAAACAAAAU